CUCCACUAUCUAGAGACUUAAUCUCAGCCGUUGAUUUGCUUCUCCUGUCUUAAACCAAACCGCCAAAAUUCUUUUUAUAUCGUGACAGCAGUUUUUGAUCAGAACAAAAGUCUCAAUUCGAGAGAGAAGAGAGAAAGGAGAAGCUAUGGAGAACGAGAGAGCGAAGCAAGUGUACUUGGCGAAACUCAACGAGCAAGCUGAGAGAUACGAUGAGAUGGUUGAAGCAAUGAAGAAAGUUGCAGCUCUUGAUGUAGAGCUCACCAUUGAAGAGAGGAAUCUUUUAUCUGUUGGUUACAAAAAUGUGAUUGGUGCUAGGAGAGCAUCGUGGAGGAUCCUUUCUUCGAUCGAGCAGAAAGAAGAAUCGAAAGGAAACGAACAAAAUGCCAAGAGGAUUAAGGAUUACAGGACAAAAGUUGAAGAAGAACUCUCCAAGAUUUGUUACGAUAUUUUGGCUGUCAUCGAUAAGCAUCUUGUCCCAUUCGCAACUUCGGGAGAAUCCACCGUCUUCUACUACAAAAUGAAAGGAGAUUAUUUCAGAUACUUGGCUGAAUUUAAGUCCGGUGCUGAUCGCGAGGAAGCUGCGGACCUAUCACUCAAGGCGUAUGAAGCUGCAACGAGUUCUGCUAGCACGGAAUUGUCUACAACACAUCCAAUAAGACUCGGCUUGGCUCUCAACUUUUCUGUCUUCUACUACGAGAUCUUGAAUUCUCCGGAAAGAGCAUGUCAUUUGGCAAAGCGAGCGUUUGAUGAAGCAAUCGCUGAGCUUGACAGUCUUAACGAAGAUUCAUACAAGGACAGCACACUUAUCAUGCAACUUCUCAGAGAUAACCUCACUUUAUGGACCUCUGAUCUAGAGGAAGGAGGUGAACAAUCUAAAGGCCAUAAUCAACAAGAUGAGGUAAACAAAAUCUAAAAGCAAAGCUUUACACUUUCCUAAUAUCUUUCUUCUUUUUUCAUGAAAUGUUAUGCAUGACAUAACCUUUUGUAGAACUAAUGAAGUGGAGAACUUAGUUACGGAGCCAUACAUUCAUUUGGCACCGAGCGGUUUCAACUUCUCUUCUUGCGAACGAUUGCUUUAAACCAUCAUUUGUUACCCUCUUUUUCUUUUGGAUUUAUGUUUUUUUUUUUUUAAUCGAAAUGAAAACUUAUGUGUCGUCCUAUUGUCUUGACCGAUUGCUUUAAACCGGCACGAGUGCGUAAAUAGUAAUAUAACAAAAGAAAAGAAAAGAAAUAUCCUAACCGGGGAGGAGACG